CGCGCCCUGCUCGUCGCGCGCCUCUGCCCUUUCUCCCCGCUCUUGUCGAUGUUUGGCCUUCCGGGCGGCUUCGGUAGCCGAGGUUUCCAGGACUCGUUCCGCUGCCACAGCGUCUCGCUGCUCGCAGCGGAGCAGCAGCGCGACGCGAGCCGGCUCGAGUACUCGGACAAGAUCAUCCUGCCACCGUCGUGCCUCGAGAAGCUGGCGCAGCUGGAGAUCCAGUACCCAAUGAUGUUCCAGAUCGCCAACCCGCGCGCCAUGGAGCGCAAGCUGCACUGCGGCGUGCUCGAGUUCAUCGCACAGGAGGGGAUGGCGUACCUGCCGUACUGGAUGAUGGAGAACCUGCGCGUGAGCGAGGGCGACAUCAUCCAGCUGCGGUCGGUCAACCUCAACAAGGGGUCGUACGUCAAGCUGCAGCCACAGCUCACCGACUUCAUCAAGAUCUCCAACCCAAAGGUUGUGCUCGAGCAGUCGCUCCGCAACUUCUCAGCGCUCACAAAGGGGCAGACCUUCCGCAUCCUGUACAACAAAAAGAAGUACGACAUUGGCGUCGUCGAGGUGAAGCGACACGGGGGAGACUUUGCGCCCGGCCAGCCGCAGGCGGUGUGCAUCAUCGAGACGGACAUGCAGCUUGACUUCGAGGCCCCCGCAGACUACGUCGAGCCUCCCAGGCCCGCGAAGACGCCGACGCCGCCCUCCGCCUCUCCGCUCUCAAAGUCGCCGGUGCUGCAGCCGAUGGGAGCACCGGUCCUCGACGGCGACUCGUCCGAGGAGGAGGAGGCUGCCCCCUCCUUCACCGGGUCCGGCUUCCGGCUCGACGGCAAGGCGAUCAAGCCGCCCAAGGCAAAGGCGUCACCCGCGGCUCAGGGCGGGCAGGCGGUCGGAGGCGGGAGCGGCGAGGCGGCGGCGACGAGGCUGGGCGUGCGGAUCGGGCCGUCGGGGGAGGUGCUCUCUGGGGCGGCGCCGAGCGGCGGGCAAACUCUUGGGGGCGGGGCGGGCGGCGCAGCGGGCAGCGGCAUGGCGGGGAUGAAGGUGUUGAACGCGUCUGCGGGCGCGCCGAGCAGCGCCGAGGAGAAGGAUGACUAUUGGGCGAAGCUCACCGGCGGGAACAAGCUGCGGUGACCGGUUUGGGGGGGGGGGGGACUCUCCGUCCCGCUGGGGCUUGCCAGGGUGGGUAGGGGGGAGUGAGAGGAGUGGCAAAGCCGCCUGUAUUGACACGGAUUAUGGGCUGUGGUGGGGAGGGAGCGAGUCGGGAGUUGCCAUCGGCCACUACGCUCCGGCCAUCGUACUGAGAAUCAACCGGCACUGUGUCAGUGAGGACUCAACCAGGCUGUUGUGCGUCGAACGAUCUGAGCCAUCACCACACGCUGCUUCAAUUUUUUGUUUCUUGAUUUUUAUGGAUU